AUGUUAAUAUACAACUGUGUUACGAAGUUAAAAUUUAGCCCUACAUUACAAACCUAUCGGAAAUUUAGUGCCAUUUGUUGCAAUCAUAUCGAAGCCCAAAAUGAAAACAAAGUGUUUAAAUACAAAUUAGUCAAAAUAGAUAAAUUUAGUCCAGUGAAUUUACAUAUUCGAAGAAAUUUUUCAAUGGAAGGAUUCCUAAAAUGGCAAGAACAAACGUAUGCUAGUAUAUCCGGUAGCACGCCGGUACAUUUUAUGCAGGAUGGUUUACUCUAUUUCCAUGAUAUCACAGGAAUGUCGUGGUGGGCCACAAUUGUGACAUCUACGAUUCUUAUAAGAUCACUCAUGACUUUACCCCUGUCUGUAUACCAAAACUAUAUUUUGGCUAAAGUUGAAAACAUCAGCCUGGAGUUAAAAGAUUUGGUCAAUGAAUUAAAAAAAGAAACAUCAAUAGCAAAGAAAGCCUAUAACUUAACAGACAAGCAAGCAGUGAUAUUGUAUAAGCGGUCAUUGAAAAAACAAUGGAAUAAUCUAAUAGUAAGAGAUAACUGCCAUCCCUUCAAAGCUAGUUUAUUAAUUUGGUUUCAAAUCCCAAUUUGGGUGUGUAUGUCAUUUGCUUUGAGGAAUCUAGUGUAUAUGGCUGAUGCAGACCCUGCAGCAUUAGUGACCUUCAUGGAAUUAUCUGCAGGUGGCAUAGGAUGGAUACCUAAUUUAACUGAACCAGACCAUUCAUGGAUUCUACCUGUAGCAUUUGGAUUGACAAACUUAUCUAUUAUUGAAAUACAAAGGUUAUCUAAACUAAGACAACCAUCUAAGCUGUACAAUGUUUUUACAAAUGUCUUCAGAGUAUUUACAGUUAUAAUGAUACCUGUAGCUGCUAAUGUGCCAUCAUGUAUGUGUCUGUACUGGAUGACUUCAAGUAGUAUUGGUUUAGUUCACAACUUGAUUCUUCUAUCACCUUCAUUGAGAAGAAAACUCAGGAUACCCUUAGCUCCAAGUGAACUUGAAGAACCUUAUAAACAUAUAAGACAAGAAUUAAAACAUUCUUAUAAAACUGUGUUAAACAGAAUUAUACCAAAAGAAUCAUAA